CCCUAAUUGAUUUCAUUACCUGCCGCAUCUACCAUCACCACAGAGGCCACCACCAUACUAAUCCAGCCAACCAUUUCUCUCAUCGUUACAACUUUGUAACAAGAAACCCAUUUAAGGUAACCCACUGAUGACAAAACCCUUGAUCAGAGAUGGUUCUCGAUGGAGGUUCGUAGUAAUGGCCGGAUCUAGGAGUCAUAUCGUCGGAUUGUGGUGGUGUCUUCGGUGGAGAACGGGCGGCGGUGGAAGAAGGAGGCGGAGGAUGCGGCGGAGAGAGGUUUCAGGAGACCGGAGCUCCGGCGAGUUACCAGAAAACAGAUCGGAGCAUAGUCACCAGUCUGGUUGCGAAGAACAACAGGUAGAACUAAUACAUGAACGGAGAUACCGAGUUCCGACAUGGUUCCGAUGGGGGCCCCUUUAUAGUCAUAAAAUAUUUGUAACAACCUUUAUAGUCAAAAUCGAAUCAAAUCUGGCCAUUUUGGGUCUUAUGCACUUGAUUAGAAUAUAUGGGGUUUCUAAAAAUUAUGGUGGUGGAAUUGCACUUGAGGUGGUAGUGGUGGAAACAAAUUUAGAUUGUGUGGAUGUUCAGACAUUGUGGGAUGGGUUGAAGAUCUGGCCAUUUUGGGUCUUGAGAAUGGUUGGCAACAAAUUGAGUUCAGAAUGUUCAGAUAUAGUGGGAUGCUACAUUGGUGGAACAGUGAUGGUGCAGCCGUCCAUAUAUAUUACUAUAAGUUUUUAAUUUUAAUUUUGUUUUUUUUAUUUAUAAGAUAUUUUAAUAAGAUUGAUAAAAAGACUAA